AUGGAUAACAGUACUCGUUAUUUUGGAAAGGCAAACCUAGGAAAUGAAGAUAGAUCUUCAUCUUCUUCUUCAAGCAGCAGCAGGAGUAGAUCAGGGAUGAAGAAAUUAAGUCAUUCAGCUGAUCAUAAACCGAACAAACAGCCACAGAGAGGCCUUGGUGUUGCUCAGCUAGAAAAGAUCAGACUCCAAUCCAUUCAGAUGGGAAUAUGUAGUAGUACUACUCAUGAAUCAGAAAGAGCUUAUAACAUUAACUAUGCUGACUCCAACCUAAUUACCCCUACACCCAGAUGGAACCCUAGCGGUGGCAUGCUUGCAGAGAACCAGCAUUUUGCUCAACACAGCAUGAGUGGACAGUACUUUUACACCAUGCAACUUGAUCAGGAACAGCGGAAGAAAGGAAAGAAGAAUGACAUUAAUAAUAAACCUGCGGGCAUGGGUUCUGAAAUGGAAGAGAAGCACGAGUUAGACUUGGAAUUGAGGCUCUCUCUUUAA